AUGAGGGGACAUUGGAAUGGUUUGAAGAUUCCCUCUUAUAUAGGACCAGGACCUGAGCUAAGUAAAGGUAAAACAGAAACUUGUGUUUGGAAACCACCAAAGAUGGGUUGGUUUAAGCUUAACUUUGAUGGAGCCUCCAGAGGUAAUCUAGGACAGGCUAGCAUUGGUUGUUGUCUUCACAACUUAGACGGGACCGAGAUGGCUUGGAGGGUUAAACCAGUAGGCAUUGAAACUAACAAUAGGGUAGAAUUGUUGGUGCUAGUAGAUGGGCUUAAAAUGUGUAGGGCAUUAGGAGUGGAGAAAUUGGUUGUUGAAGGGGACUCAACCAUUAUGAUCAAUGCUAUGAGAAAAGGAUCCAUUAUAAACUGGAGGUUAGAGGCGUUGCUCAACAGAGCUUUAAACCUGAGCAAGGCCUUCAAGAAGAUCAUAUUUAAUCACAUCUUUCGCGAGGGUAAUUCUAAGGCGGAUGAAUUAGCUAAUAUGGGGGCAGAUGGGACCUACAUAGAGUAA